GCUGUAAAAUAAAUUGACAGUUUAACUAGCACGUACCGACCUAUACUUCAGUAAACAACAGUUAAUGUGCGUGUGUUCAAAAUACAGUGUUUUCAAGAUAAAAUUGUGCUUGUUUUUGUAAUUACAAUGGACAGCUUAGCAUUUAGCACGAAAAAUGUAAACACAAAGGAUCGCGAUGAUAGAUUCGUGCUGCCUCGAGACUACAUCAGCGAGAUGCGACGGCGAUCGUGGCAUGCUGGCGACACUAACUCCUUAGACUUUAACUAUUCGAUCGGUGAAAAUUUGAAACGUAGAAAAUUCGUAAACCAUUUGGACAAAUCACUUGGCAUGCACAAGGGUCCUGGCAAACAAUUGGUCCAACUUUGGCCGUGCAAUCCGAGGAAGAAGAGCUAUUUGUCGACUGCAGACAGUGUACUGGACCUACCCACGUAUAGCGCUGCUACUUUUCCAGAGCUGUUAGACUGGAGCAAGGACAACGUGCUGGUGGCGGCUCUGGGCAGCAGCUACCACAAGUGGAGCUGGAACAGCCAGGACCUCGUCAGCCGCGUGUUCACGCGCUACGAGAUCCAGUCCUGCAAGUUUGACCCUCGAGGGGAACUCUUGCUUCUCGGCACACACAUGCAAAGAGUAGAAAUUCACAACAAUGCUCGAAACAAGCGCGUGGAUGUGGUUCUGUGUGAAGGAGAACGGUUAAUCAGUGCCCACAAACAUAAGAGUGAAGUGCACUUCUGUUCCGUCACCGCCCUCGACUGGAGUCCCACUGGCAACUCCUUCGUAAUGGGCUGUUCUUUCGGCGUAGUGAUGUCGGUCACUCGCUGUGCAAAAGUAAUCAACUUAAACCGCGUGGUCCACGAGCCGAUCUACCUCGUGCGAGUGUCGCCCGACACUCGCUUCGUCGCCGUGUGCGCCGUCAACUCCGCGGCGGUCCUACUGCUCACCUGGCCAGCUCUGAAGAAGUACUCCAGAUUCGACGCUGACUGGAUGGUAAAGACAAUAACUUGGCACCCGUGGCGCAGCGCGCUGCUGGCUGUGGGUGCGGUGACGGCGGAGCUGCAGGCGGGCGUCGCCGUGUUCCACGCGCCCACAUGCGGCGCGCGCGAGCGAGGGCUGGCACCGCGCCCCUACAGCCUCGACGCGAUGCUGUUCAGCCAGCGCAGCGGCGAGCUCGUCGCCAGCCUGUGGAACACUGAAAACGUGGGGCGAAAGAUCUGUUCCCAACUGGUGGUGUUCGGUGACCCCGAGACCGUGGUGGACCAGUGGGGCGACGGCCCGCGCUGGCCCGACCGAGUGCGAACCAUGGUCUUCAACCCCGAUGGGACCAAGCUCGCUACGGCGACCCUGGACGAGGAUUUGAUAAUCUGGAACUUUCUCCCAGAAGAUAAGAGAGACAAGAAGACGAAGCGCAAACGGUUCUUAGCUCUGCCGGUUCUACACGACAUGGCAUCGAUGGGCUUGUCUGUCCGAUGAAUAUUAUCUAUAGAGAAAGAGCCUGUGAGGGUCAGACUUUCGUUAUUUUAUAAAAGUUGAAAGUUUCACUGCGCAUUGUCCCCAAUACAGCGAGGAACGAUCACUGACUGUGAAGUUCAAAUCAUGCUAUUAGUUGGGUUGCCACGAUACUAAGUGUCUGGCAAUGCAUUAUAAUUCUAAUAUUAUUCCAAAGUAAAAGUUUAAAAAACUAGCUAAUGCCCACGACCUCAUUCCCGUUUUCAUUAGGUUUUUAUAAUCCCGUAGGAACUUAUCGAUUUUCCGGGAUAAAAAGUAGCCUAUGUCACUCUCUAUGUCUUUAACUAUAUCCAUGCAAAAAUCACGCCGAUUUGUUGCUCCGUUGCGGCGUGGUUGAAGGACAAGCCAACAAACCAAUAAACCAACAAACAGACACACUUCCGCAUUUAUAAUAUGGGUACUGAUUAAACUUUAUACUGUAACGAAAGAUUUUAUACGUCUUUGCUACCUGUUAUCUGCCAAAGCCACCAUUAUCCAAACUUCAUAGUCGCUGAUCGUUCCUCUCUGUGCUGGGGACAAUGCCCAUAGAAAUUUUCAGCUUUUAUAAAAUAAUGAAGGUCUGGCUCUCACGGGCUUUUAGUCCAUUAUUAUUGUUUUGCUUUUAAGAAUCAUAGUCUAAUGGAUGUAAUUAGUAUUGUUAUGCUUUAGGAAGUCACUGGAUGUACUUCAUCCUAAUUAUUUUGGUUUUCAUUAAAGUUUCUAUUUUAUUUUU